AUGGAUUCAACUACCGACGGAUAUGUCUGGACUCCGGCCCAGGGCACUCGGAAGGGUGGUCUGAAGUGCAGGGGCGUCGUGUCUCCCCCGGAAAAGCGAAACUUGAACAGAAAGGCUUACGACGUGGUGGUUGUCGGUGCCGGCUACGCAGGGCUAUCUGCGGCUCGUGAUCUUGCCACUAGCGGUCGAUCGGUCCUCCUCCUCGAAGCACGUGACCGAGUCGGCGGUCGCACAUACACUGUUGAAGAGAAUGGAUAUCUGUACGAGAUGGGUGGCACCUGGGUCACACAUCACUUUGCCUAUCUCCUCAAAGAGAUGACCAGAUAUGGUAUGGAUCGGGACUUGAUCCUCACUCCUCACUCUGGAUUCGAUAACAAUUACUACACUCUCAACAUUCCUGCCCUCGAAACAUUAGUCAUGAAGAGGCCGGCCAGAUCACUCGCCAUGCUUGGGACAUUUUUAUCAACGUUGACGGAGAUAUGUGCCGCAAGAUAUGCCCGCUCCCACACGCACAGCUCGAUAAUAUCAAAGUCGAUCGGAAAAUCGUUGAAGAAGUCGACAAACGAUCCUGCAAAGACCGUCUCGAAGAGGUCAAGCACCUACAAACUCCGCCAGGGCCAAUCCGAGCUCGCCCGUCGCAUGUUCGAGGAGGCGGUAGAGUUCGGUCUAGAAUAUGCCUUCAACACCCACGUCUAUUCCAUCUCCGACGAGGCCAAAGACACUUACGGAUGCGUCAAGGUCACCACCAGCAAGAACAACACCUACAUCGCCCGUAGGGUCGUAUGCACGAUCCCGCUGAAUGUUCUCAAGACGAUUCAGUCCAGCCCGCCCCUCUCCGCCAAGCGUCAGGAGGCCAUCACCACUGGCCAUAUCAACUUCAUGUCCAAGGUCCACGCGGUUGUUGAAGGUUCUGGUCUGGCCUCCUGGAACGGAGUCCGAUCUACCGGCAACUUCGUCAUCGCCUACAGCGACGGAGUUACCCCCCAGGGCGAGGCGCACUUGGUCGCUUUUGGAGGCGACGAGCACAAGACCUUCGUCCCCGAGCGCGAGCCCGAGAAGGUCAUCGCAGCUCUCAAUGACCUGCACCCCAUGAAGGUCAACAAGACGGUCUUCCAUAACUGGUGCACCGAUCUUUACUCCAACGGCGGUCCCGCCUGGUGGCCCCCGUCGUAUAUGAGCAAGUACCAAGACGAGUUGCAGUCUCCUCACGGCGCGAUAUUCUUCGCCUCUGGCGACUGGGCACACGGUUGGAGGGCCUCCAUCGACGGAGCGCUGGAGCAGGGCUCGCUCUGCGGUAUCCAAGCUCUUAGAGAGCUUCACAGCUCGGACAAAAUCCGCACCAGGCGGGAGCAAUUAUGA